CAUUGUGGCGCCGGAUAUCCGGGGCUGUCACAUUGUUGCGCCAUGGCGGAGCGUGGAGUUCCCGCGGCGGCGGAGACCGGGACCGGCAGCGAGACCAGGAGCGGCACCGGGACCAGCGCCGGGAGCGACUACGGCACCAGGACCUGCCCCAUACCACGGGGCGGCGACCCCCCCGAUCCCGAGCGGGCCGAGUACCUCAUCAGCGGCGGCACCGGCUACGUUCCCGAGGACGGGAUGAGCGGCCCGCUGCUGCUCGGCUCCGGAGAGGGGCUGACCUACAAUGAUUUCCUCAUCUUGCCCGGAUACAUUGAUUUCAGCUCUGAACAAGUGGACCUGACCUCUGCCCUCACCAAGAAGAUCACGCUGAAGACGCCGUUGGUCUCGUCGCCGAUGGAUACGGUUACCGAGGCCAACAUGGCGAUCGCCAUGGCACUGAUGGGGGGAAUCGGGAUCAUCCACCACAACUGUACACCUGAGUUCCAGGCCAACCAGGUGCGGCGUGUCAAGAAGUACGAGCAGGGCUUCAUCACGGACCCGGUGGUGCUGAGCCCCCGGCACCGUGUGCGAGACGUGUUUGAGGCAAAGGCACGGCACGGGUUCUGCGGGAUCCCCAUCACAGACACGGGAACGCUGGGCGGGCGACUGGCCGGGAUCAUCUCCUCCCGGGACAUCGACUUUCUGGAGGAGAGCGAGCAGGAGCUGCCCCUGGAGCAGGUCAUGACCCGGAGGGAGGAGCUGGUGGUGGCCCUGGCAGGCGUGAGGCUGAAGGAGGCCAAUGAGAUCCUGCAGCGCAGCAAGAAAGGGAAGCUGCCGAUUGUGAACGAACAGGACCAGCUGGUGGCCAUCAUUUCCCGUACGGACCUGAAGAAGAACCGCAACUAUCCGCUCGCCUCCAAGGACAGCAAGAAGCAGCUGCUGUGUGGAGCCGCCAUCGGCACCCACCCCGAUGACCGCUACAGACUCGAGCUGCUGGUGCAGGCGGGGGUGGACGCCCUGGUCCUGGACUCCUCCCAGGGGAAUUCCAUCUUCCAGAUUGAGAUGAUCCAACACAUCAAGGAGAAGUUUCCCGAUCUGCAGGUCAUCGGCGGCAACGUGGUGACGGCGGCGCAGGCCAAGAACCUGAUCGAUGCGGGGGUGGACGGGCUGCGGGUCGGCAUGGGCAGCGGCUCCAUCUGCAUCACCCAGGAAGUGCUGGCGGUGGGCCGGCCCCAGGCAACGGCUGUCUACAAGGUGGCAGAAUACGCCCGCAGGUUCAGCGUGCCCGUCAUUGCAGAUGGCGGCAUCCAGACCGUGGGACACAUCGCCAAGGCCCUGGCACUGGGGGCCUCUACAGUGAUGAUGGGCUCUCUCCUUGCGGCCACCAGCGAGGCUCCUGGGGAGUAUUUCUUCACGGAUGGGGUGAGGCUGAAGAAGUACCGGGGUAUGGGCUCGGUGGACGCCAUGGACAAGCACCUGGGCAGCCAGAGCCGCUACUUCAGCGAGUCGGACAAGAUCAAGGUGGCACAGGGAGUGUCGGGCGCCGUGCAGGACAAGGGCUCCAUCCACAAGUUUGUGCCAUACCUCAUAGCUGGCAUUCAGCACGCCUGUCAGGACAUCGGUGCCAAGAGUCUCACGCAGCUCAGGGUCAUGAUGUACUCGGGUGAGCUGAAGUUUGAGAAGAGGACGUUGUGCGCUCAGCUGGAAGGCGGGGUACAUGGGCUGCAUUCGUACGAGAAGCGACUGUUCUGAUACCUGUGAGGAGUGGCCCUGGGUCUGUCCAGACAAACAUCUGCCUCCUGUUUGCUUCAGUGACCUCUGGACCAUGGGCCUGGGACGUGUGGCUACUGACUGACCAUUUGUCAAUGCUGUUGGGCAUGUUUUAUUUUUGUAAAAGGAGAUGUUUGUGAUGACAGUGUGACGCGUAGCUGCUCGGUGUCUCCCCGCUGCUGCCUGCUGUGGGGCGGAGUGGAACCUGGCCCCAGCUCACUGCUGGGGAAUGUCCACGGUGAGCUGGGCCUCCCUGUGGCCGAGCUGUGUGAUUACUGUGUGUCCGUAAAACGUUAAACGGGAUUGUGUGCUACAAACUGUUUGCCUGGAAGAUCCGUGUUUGGAGAACAAUGAACGGUUCCGAAUGUUUGCA